CUUUUGCCAAACAAAAUCUUCCGUUAUGUCAAUUUGCUGCCUAGCCACCACACUCACUCGCCGCUACUACUCUCACUCAAAUCUCUCUCCCCCCUCAAAAUCUCUCCUCUCUCCCCGCUCUCUCUCCCUCUUAUUCUCUCCCAAACCUAUCAUCACUCCUCACUCUCACUCUCACUCUCGUACUCGUCAAUACACACCAAUGUCUUCCGCUUUGCCACAACCUAUAGGCACACCAAUUGAAUCACCUUAUGGCUCCUGGAAGUCUCCGAUCACUUCUGAUGUUGUUUCAGGUUCCGAUAAGCGUCUCGGUGGCUUCGGUGUUGACUCUCGCGGUCAGUUUUAUUGGACCGAGUCUCGGCCUAAUGAAUCAGGUCGAUCAGUUCUAGUUAAGGAGUCUCCUAAAGCUGAGGAUGAGCCUAUUGAUAUUACACCGGGAGGAUUUGCGGUCAGGACUUUGGCUCAGGAAUAUGGAGGUGGCGCUUUUAAGAUUUCAGGAGAUACUGUUGUGUUUUCCAAUUACAAGGAUCAGAGAUUGUACAAGCAGUCUAUUCACUCUAAAGAUUCUGUUCCGGUGCCGCUUACACCGGAUUAUGGUGGACCUCUUGUUUCUUAUGCAGACGGGGAGUUUGACUCUCGGUUUGACCGAUAUGUCACUGUAAUGGAAGAUGGUCGUGAAAGUAGGUUAAAUACAACAACAACGAUUGCAUCAAUAGAUCUUAACAGUGACAAUAUCCAGGAGCCGCAAGUAUUAGUUGGUGGCAAUGACUUCUAUGCUUUCCCUCGCAUGGAUCCUAAAGGAGAACGGAUCGCAUGGAUUGAAUGGGGACACCCGAACAUGCCAUGGGAUAGAUCGGAACUUUGGGUAGGCUAUAUAUCAAGUAAAGGAGAUAUUUGUCGGCGCAUAUGUGUUGCUGGUGGUGAUUCUAACAUUGUUGAGUCCCCAACAGAACCAAAAUGGACUUCUGAAGGGGAGCUAUUCUUUGUUACGGAUAGGACAAAUGGAUUUUGGAAUAUCUAUAAAUGGGUUGAAUCUAAAAAUGAGGUGUUGCCGGUUUAUCCAUUGAAUGCGGAGUUUGCAAGGCCGCUAUGGGUUUUUGGCAUGAAUUCAUAUGAAUUUUUGGAGCAAAAACAUUUAAUUGCUUGCACUUACAGGCAGAACGGAAGAUCGUUUAUUGGAAUUUUGGAUUAUGCUAAAAACAAAAUGUCCAUGUUAGAUAUCCCUUUUACAGAUAUAAAUAAUAUUACCGCGGGAUCCCGCUGCUUAUACAUUGAGGGGGCAUCUGGAGUUCUUCCUUUGUCAAUAGCGAAGGUAACUUUAGAUGCUCAGCAACUAAAAGCAGUUGAUUUCAGGAUCGUUUGGUCUUCUUCAGCUAAUUUUUCAAAAUACAAAUCAUAUUUUAGCUUGCCAGAAGUAAUUGAGUUUCCAACUAAAGUACAUGGUCAAAAUGCAUACGCAUACUAUUAUCCACCAACUAACCCCAUCUAUCAAGCUAGUAAGGACGAAAAGCCUCCACUAUUGCUGAAAAGUCAUGGAGGGCCUACAGCUGAAACUCGUGGAAUAUUGAAUCUUAGCAUCCAGUAUUGGACGAGUCGAGGUUGGGGUUAUGUUGAUGUAAAUUAUGGUGGAAGUACUGGUUAUGGAAGAGAAUAUAGAGAGAGGCUCCUAGGACAGUGGGGUAUUGUUGAUGUUGAUGACUGUUGCAGUUGUGCUGAAUUUCUGGUGGACAAUGGAAAAGUUGAUGGUCGGAGAUUAUGUAUCACUGGGAGCUCAGCUGGUGGGUACACAACGUUGGCUGCACUUGCAUUUAGAAAAACAUUCAGUGCUGGUGCAUCCUUAUAUGGCAUUGCGGACUUAAAAUUGUUAAAGGAAGAAACUCACAAAUUUGAAUCCCGUUAUAUGGACAAUCUUAUUGGAAGCGAAAAGGAAUACUUUGAGAGGUCACCCAUCAAUUUUGCUGAUAAGUUCUCUUGUCCCAUAAUCCUUUUCCAGGGUUUAGAAGACAGGGUCGUCCCACCAGCUCAAGCACGCAAAAUUUACCAGGCACUGAAGGAGAAGGGAUUGCCAGUUGCUUUGGUGGAGUACGAAGCAGAGCAGCAUGGAUUCCGUAAGGCUGAAAACAUCAAGUUCACAAUUGAACAACAAAUGUUGUUUUUUGCACGUUUAGUGGGGCAAUUUAAGGUGGCAGAUGAAAUCACUUCCAUUAAGAUUGACAACUUUGAUUGAAGAAAUUUUUUAUUAUAAGUUAUUUGCAAAUGGCGAGAUCAGUAAUCCUUCCGCAACCAACCUGACUUCAUAUAUACAGCAGAGAAGAUUGUUUCAGAGUGGUCAGUUUGCCACACUAGGAGCUUAUUUUCUGAUUUCUGCCAUUGCUAUCAUAUAAAAACAAUGAUCAGUUUUUAAAUGGAUCAGCUUCGUAACUUAUCCAAUAUAGUUUUUAAGCCAAUGCAUCAGAGUUUAUCCGGCAUAGAUUUCAACCGGGAAUUUGGUUGGUUAGAAGUUAGCUCACAUAUAUGCUUACAAGUUUCGUUAGUUACAUCUGAUGAUUGGUAGCUACUAGCUCCGUUACAUUUCAAAUAGUAAUUCCUAUAUUUGUUUGGAUUCUGC